UCCUCGUCGUGGCUUCAUUUUCGGUUUCGGUUUCAGUUUCAGUCAGUCAGCUGCUGCUUUUCACGUGCCACGUGUCGUAUGAGUAAUAUUUUCGGCUUCACUUUAAUGCCAGCAGUUACAGCCCCAACCAGCACCAAAUGAAAAAAAAUGCUUAAAAAAAAGGGAAAAAACUAUUUUAAAAGACUGUCCAACUGACAUAUAUUAAAUAUUAAUACCAAUUACGGAAUUCAUUAAGUGCUUAAAUCAAACGCAAUUUCAAAGUGUUCAAAAUUAUCAAUAAUUAUCACAAAUAACAAUAAAAUAAUCAAAUAAAUGUUCGCUUGGAUUAAAAUUUAACAAAGAAGCGUAGACGAAAUACGAAUGCAAAUUAGAUGCAAAAUAAAUGGGUAAAAUGAGGUCAAGUAAAUACGAUGUUACCACAGCUUACGGUCUAUGCCAAGAUUAUUUACCUCCUGAUGGUGGUGAUUUCAGGUGCAUUAUGUACAGUAGAAGAUUACGUAAUAAUGUCACUGUGUGCACAAGACAAAGCCAUACACCUAGCUGCGGAAGGAACAGUCUCAGUGACAGACACUUCACAGAUACAAAAUAUAACGAUACUCGGCUUCCCGGACUAUCUGAACCAAGAGUUCACAUUCAAACUAGCACUGUACGCAAAAGAGACGCAAAGGUAUUUGUGCUUCAACGACAAUUGGAGAUUAGUUGGCAUGACGAAGCUGCGCGAUACCUGCUACUUCAACGAGACCAUCCAUCACGGUUAUUUCGUGUUCCGUUCCAUAGUCGAUUCGGAGCGACGAGUCGGGUUCACGCACGGAGGUAAGCCUGUGGGUCCAAAGAUGAGCGUCAAGGAUGCCUGCUACCAUUUCAAUAAGAUCGAUGUCGAGACCUUCUACCGCCAGCACAGGCAUUUGAAUAGCAAUGGCAACAGCGGCAACAGCAAUAGCAACAGCAAUGGUAGCAGCAACAGCAACAGUAAGAGUCGGAAGCCCCCGCGUAACAACAAAAACAAUCGCCACAAAUCGAAUAACCAAAAUCAAAAGUUGCAACAGCAACAGGAGCAUCAUGGCCAUAAUAAUAAUAACGUUAUUCUUAAUAAUAAUAGUAGUAAUAGUUUAAGUAGAACUAACAAAAAGCAACAAUCGAAGCAACAGCAGCAGCAGCAGCAACACCAACAUCAGGUGCGACAUCACCAUAAUGAUCCAUCGCUGCUGGCGCGACGACAGCAACAUGAGAGGAAGCAGAAGCGGCGCAAGCAACAGAAGCAACAGCAACACCAGCAGCAGCAGCAACAACGAGUUACAGCUAGUCCAACGAAACCAGCAACUGCAACUACCCCAGUUGCAACAUCCCCGGCAACAGCAACCACAGCAGCAACAUUAAGCAGCAAGCGCAAGGGCAGACGAAGAAAGGGCAAGUCGAGGCAGCCAAAGUUGCAGCGACAGCAACAGCAACAGUUGGCCCCAGCAGCAACUGCAACAACUGCCUAUACAGACGACUCCUUCUACAGCAGCAGCAUUGGCAGCAGCACAGGAUUCGAGGAUCUGGAUCCCUACAACGUCAGCAGCAGUAGCAGCACGAGUUUAGAUCCCUGGUCGACUUGGUCCACAAUCGAUAGCUUUAGCAGCAGCAGCAACAGCGGCAGUAGCAGCAGCAGCAGCACAACAACAACAUCCGACGACAGUAUUAGCAGCAGCAGCAACUACGAUCUCUGGGCAACCAUGAUCACCAAAAUGGAGGCCGAGGCAUCGGAGACCACGUCGGAGCUUAGCGGCAAUGAUACCGAUUUGCUGUUGCACUACGAGCCCCAAAUGGUGGAGGAUACAGGAGUGCAGGAGGAGGCGGAAUCCACAGCGACAUAUGAAACCAAAGCAACAUCAGCCAUAGCAGCAAUAGCAGCAACAGCGGCCACAACUACCUCGACAACGGGCCAGCAGCUGGUAAUUGAACAGACGCCGCUGCAGCAGGAGAUGGCCAGAAGGAUUAGCACACCGGCAGCAACAGCAACAUCAAUGACAACAUCAGCAGCAACAGCAAAAGCAACUACCACACCAACAGCAACAACCAGUCAGACUGAAACAACACGGAGCACGCAAAAUCAGGGCCAAAAUGAGGUGAAGCCCCCGCAGAGGCAACACAAGUUCUUGGUGUCGCGGCAACCUUCAGCUACGACCAGAGUGCAUCAUCUCUCCAGCACGGCCGAGACACUGGCAACCACACCUCAGCAACAACAGAAGCAACCAUCCUCGUUGUUCAGCAUCUACAAGAAUAUCAACAGUGAUCUGAACAACUCGCUGACGGAGGCCUCGCCAACGGCAACAGCUACCACGGGAGCAACAUCAACUGUGACGGUGGCAACCACUACCAAGAAGAACCUGAGGAAGUUCACCCGGAAGCUGAUGGCCACGCCCUAUCACCAGCUGACCUAUGUCCGGAAUGAGGCUGGGGACAUCGACAUUGACAACCUGGACAACAUCAGUGUCUAUCCCGAUCUUUACGAUGGCGAUUUGGAGGGCAAUGGCAAUGGCAGCAGCAACAGCACGGACAUCAACCGGCAGAUGCCUGUCAGCCUGUCGAGCUACCUUCCUACCACAACCACAUCCGUGUUGACGGAAUUCAUCAGGAUUGGAAAGAACAAAAUCGACAGGGCACUCAAGAGGUCGCAGAUGCAAAAGCAUAGGAGAUUCGCGUAGUAGUAAGAAAGGAUAAACAUCUACUUAUGAAUCCUUGCUCUAUACAGGCCUGAUUCUGUUUUUAUAUUCAAAGUGGCUUCGAUUUCAAAAUCAAUGUGUUUGUUUAAAGAUUGAAAAUAAAAUCAAAUAUUCCUAUGAGAAAUAGAAAACAGAAACUGGCCUCGUGAAGAAAAACAAACCUAUACUCAGUUUUUCACAUGAAUUUAAAUAAAAUCAAAGGAAGAGCAAAACAAUUUAUGAAUAAAUAAUUAACAAAAUUUUGUAAUGAACUGAUACAUAUAUAUAUAAACAUAUAAAACUCGAUAUACACAAGGAGUUGCUUACUGUUCAGUACCUCGACUCGACUCGGAACUUUUGCACUUGCACUAUGCCUAAAAGCACACUACAGAAAGCGGAAACCGGAUGCGGAUGC